AUGGCGGCGCUAUCACAUUCCGUUUUGGUUGAAGGAUCGAUUCUCUCUGGUGAUCAAUUGCGGGAUUACGCCUAUUCGCACGGUGUUUGCCCUAUUUGCGCCGCGCAAAAAACCCAUCGUAAGGCCGGAAGUAUUCUCAACAAGAUUUGGGAACCGAUUACAGAUACGAAGAAUGGAGAGUACGCCGUUUACAAGGGAUACUGCCUACAGCCUACCUGCUACACAUUGGCGGAAGCCCAAUCACAGUUGGGUGAACGAACCUCGCCGAAGAAGAAAAAGAAACGCAGAAGUCGAAAGUCGCUCGGCAGUGUUUCAACAAGCAUUCACACAACAAAGCCGAUUUCGAAAGGAAUUGUCGUCUCCAAGUCUAAUCUAUCGGCUGUUACCAGGUCUACACACAAUUCUUCUAAAAGCACUCUGCCGAGAAGCCAGUUGAUUCUACAACCUUCACCAACGCUCACAACACCAAAGUCGACCACUAGCCUGAAUAUAGUUACAAGGUCAAGCUUCGCUCGACUCAACGUGCUUCUGCCGAGUGCACCGGGCAAGGAAAUGAAUCAAAAGACUAUAUCAAAAACUCAGUGGGACCAGCAUUUGUACCGACCGAUUCUUGCAACAUCAAAAGCCCAAAAGACCAACUCAAUAGAAAGUCAAACUUCCCCGUCCCCAGCCACACUUCAACUUCAUCCUUUAGAAGACCCCCAUACGCUUUAUGACCCCUCGAUAAUUCUUCAGGUUCUGGAGCAACACGCAGGUGACCCGCAAGUCGCUGCGUGCUCGCUCCAAUCUUUGCGCAAAACGCUUGUUGCGCUUCAAUACACAGAUUUCUACAGCCAAAACGACUCUUGGAUCAACAUAUUGUGCGCCAAAAUAAAAUAUCACAGUCAUGAUGUCAAUGUCGCCUCUCAAGGUGUCCUCUCUCUUCUGACCGUCGCGGCUGUUUCGUCGAAAUACGCUCAGAGUAUAAUUUCGAAUAAAGGAAUUGGGCUCAUUUUGGCCAUUGAUAGAUCCCAUGAAGGGUGUACCCACGGUUGUAUUGGAAUGUCUGAUCGGUGUUGCGCGGCGCUGGAGGUAUUGCUUGGGGCGUGUAAGCGUGUGUCGCAAGGAGACCUCAAAUGUCUGGUGGAGCGGCUCGUCUUUCAUGCGUUGGGAAGGGACAUAGCUUGCUCUGACUAUGCUCUUCGAGCCUUAUUUCAUGUGGCUCAAAAGACAGUGCGUGGGAGAAAUGAACUUGAUUGUACGAUCUAUCAACUCGUCCAUUCCGUGGAUGUCGUAAAUCUACUGUGGGCAAAGCUGGACGGAGAUUUGGUGAGUGCUCUGAUCGCAGAGUCGGCACUCUAUUUAUUGUGGAAGCUGUCGGUAAACAAAAACUCGGAGGGAGCCCAGCCUCUGCGAGUGACCAGAGAAAGUGCAGGAUCGCUAUUGAGACUUGUUGUGAAAUAUGACGAUGUAUUUCUCCACGACGCGGCGCUUUGCCUCGUGUCCUGCAUAACGUUGACUGCAGAAACCGCACAUCGUCCUGAGUUUGUGGAAACCGUUGUUUCCGCAGUGUGUCAUGUUCUCCGGAGACAUCCUAACCAGGAAAUAAUCCAAGUCAAGGGUCUUUAUGUUCUGACUAAGACUUUCGGGGGGAGGGCGUUUUCAGCUGCAAUCCAAGAGGACAUUGAAAUAUCUGCUAUAGAGGCAGCAAGGCAAUUUCCGACCAGUGCUGCGCUAUAUGCUGUGGCCUGUCGUAUCAUUAGAGAAAAUUUUGAACGGGGCAACGGAAAAGAAAAUGGGAUAUCCAACAGCGUUGCACCCGCAUUCCUUGCCGGAGCAUUUCAAAAAUGCGUUUUCGACUUUCCGCAUGACGAAGUUGACUCGAUUGCUGCCAAGGACGCGUUGAUCUCCGCACUCAUCAAGGUAUCGGGAAAUGUCACUGCAUGUAGGGAGCUUGCAAGAUCUGAUUUGCUCUGUAACGUAGACCGCGCAAUGAACAAAGAAAGCGACGCUCUCUACCUUGCUUCAUUCCAUCGUAUCGGGAUCAACAUACUAACGCUUCUAAUCAAAGAUGUACAACAUGUUCAGGAUUCCAGCGACACGAAGGAGGGAGUCUCUUUUUCGCGGCAUUCAUGCCGAUUGCUGGAAAUGGUCGAGAUAAGCACGAUUGUUGCACCGGAAUGCUGUAUCCUACUUGCCGGAAUCUAUUCCGCAGUCCCUUUCCGAGGUAGCUUUGGUCAACAUUCAAAAUUAUACACUUCCCUCGGUUCACUGACGAUCGUUUCUCAUACCCAAGAUGAGUACAACGCUAUCCUCCUUUCCAUGAGAGCAUAUAAAGAAAAUACAGAGGUGCAAAAGGUAUGUUGCCUGGCCCUAUCAAACUUCAUUGCCCCCAUUUGCCAUUUGAAACGAGCGCCUGAAUCGUGUGACACGAUCGGACAUAUGACAUCUGGGACGCUUGCAAUGCUGGCCGAUUCUGUCAGUUUUCACAAAGACAAUGCUGACGUCUUGUGCAGCUGCUACUCGCUAUUCUGGACGCUCAUAUUCGUCAGUAGUCACGCCGACCUUCAGCGAUGGACACCGAAACUACUUGCGUCCGUCUUCGAGGCAUCGAAGCGCCACAAAGACUCCAUUGAGAUCAAAACAGUUAUGGUUUCUGUCUUUCGAGCUCUUCUGGCCAAUGACGCAGGAUUUUCUUCUCUUUCUUCACAACAAGGCGUCUCUGCACUUUUUGACAGCCUCACGAACGCUGACGACUCCAUUGUCAUUCAGGCAGCACAAACGCUCGCGUGCGUUGUCGGCCACGAUUAUGAAACUGGCUCUCUCCUCAACACAAUAAAAGGGGUGGUUUCGAGCAUCUUGACUUGCAUGACGAUGCACGCAUGGUCAGUAGAGGUGCAACUUUCUCUUUCUUCGGUAUUGGAGGCCCUCGUAGCUCGCCAAGAAAGCAAUAUUUGUCGAGAAGUAGUUCAUUGUGGAGGGUUAGAGGCCAUCUCUACGAUUCUUCGGGCUCACGCAUCUGAACACUCCGUGAUUCAGUACGCUUGCCAAGUACUCGUCGGCGUUCUCUCAGAGGUAGACGAUAAUAUCCUUUGGUCUCACCGAUUGUCUCUCAGCCAGGCCAUUGUAAUCGCUUUUGAAGCAGGGUCCGAAUCUCCAACAGCUAUUUGCCUUCUCGAGGCAAUUCUGUGCCUCUGUGAUACUGCUGACUAUUUCAGAGAGCUUGUUGCCGUAUGCUUCCCGUUUGUCUUGCGUUGUAUGGCCUCAAACCUAAGGAAUGUGACCUUAUUAAAGAACGGAUACCGAGCAAUUCGUGUGCUUACUCCCCAUGUUGCUAGAAGGGUGUCGCUGAUAGAUAGAGCGGGGCUGAAUGUGGUUGUCAAUGGACUCCUUGUCCAUCCCGAGUCAAAGGAGCUUCUCUUGGAAGGUUUGGAAGCCAUCAAAAUUCUUGCUCUCGAUUCGGGCACGAGAGAAGGUUUGGACAGAGCACAAGUCCAAGAAACCAUUGUUUGCUUGAUGGAGAUCAAUGCCCAAAAGCCGGACAUUCUAGCGCAAGCCUUUGCCGCUCUCAACAAUGUUGUCAUCAUAGACGCAGCAAAGAGUCAAGUAUCUCCACUCAGAGAAGGCGUCAUUGAUAUGAUCAUCUUGGCCAUGUUUCGGUACCCUCUUGAUGCUAAGACUCAGGAAAAUUCUUGCAUGUUGCUGAAAAGUUAUACGUACAGCCCCAACCUUUUCGACCUCGUUAGUGACAAAAAGGAUGUGCUCAUCCCUAUCCUUGUUAGCGCCGCCGAAAACUUUCCCGAAGUAUGUGGAAAGCGUGCCUGCUCGAUCCUAAAAAGGUCUAGAGGCUGCAAUGUUCCACAAAAAGAAUUUACGAACAGUAAGAUGUAG